AUGUGUAUUGUCUUGUUGACUACGUCGCAUCCCAAAUAUGCCCUCAUCGUUCUCGACAACCGGGACGAGUUCAUCCUAAGACCAACCAGCAGACCGCAUUGGUGGACAGCCCAGAUAGAGCCGAGCUCUGCCUCCGGGACUAAUGGGUCCAGAGAAAUUUCCAGUGUUGAUGUCCUCUCAAGUCGAGAUCUCCAGAGGGCGGAGCGCGGUACUUGGCUGGGCGUUACCAAGAAUGGCAAAUUCGCCGUGUUGACCAACUAUCGCGAGACGGACACGCACGAUACGAUGCACCCUAUUCAUGGCAAGCGCAGCCGCGGCGGCAUGGUUACGGCCUGGUUGGGAGCCGAUCCAGCCGAGUCAAGCCACGAUUUCGUCCGCAAGAUGCUCGAGAGCGGCGACGUAAAAGGCGUCGGCGGAUUCUCGCUCAUCUGCGGCAAGCUACGCAAGGCCAACUUGGAGGGCGAAAAGGGGCUGGAACCCCUGGCUAUUCUGUCCAACCGCUGUGACCACAUCGAUCACAUUCCCUGGAUCGGUGGGCAGCGCAACAGCGAGUAUGGCCUCAGCAAUGCCAUAUACCAGGACGAAAAGGUCGAGCAAGACCUGAUAUGGCCCAAGGUCCGCCGCGGCACCGAACUGCUCAGCCAAGUCAUCGCCGACAAAGCUAGCGAGGGCAAGGAGGAGGACGAACUGGUUGAAGACUUGUUUAAGAUUCUUGACGAGGACAGGUUCCCGCAAAACCACAUCCUUGACCUAGAGGAAGGCAUCCCGCUGCUGAAGCAUUCGAUAUUUAUCCCUGCGUUUGGCGGCCAGCAGCACCAAGAUGAGAUGGCCGCCGCAAGACAGCGUGGGAUCAUCGAACAGGCAGGUCACGGCUACGCUACAGAAACCCUGGCGAAUGUGGCACGACCGGACGACCAGCAAAACGGCUUCCAGACGGGACUUUACGGCACGCAGCGGCAGACUGUCAUCCUCGUAGACUGGGAAGGCAACGUGACGUACAGGGAGCGCGCCCUGUGGGAUUCCAACGGCAACGAAAUCCCCAGGGGUUCCGGCGACGCGACGUUCAGGUUUAAAAUCGACGACUGGGAUUCCGAGCUCAGCAACGACGCAGAACAAAGCGUCUCGUCCUGA